AUGUCCCUCUUACCACACAGCGAUCACCAGCCAACCGCGCCAGAAAGCAAUAAUAAACAAUUUUAUUUCGACGAGAAAGUUGACGAGGAGGAAGAGCACGCAGAAGAAGUGCAACUAUCCACAGAUGCUUCAUCUUCUUCUAACUUUGAAUUGAAAAAAGAAAAAGUUCUCAUUCCCUCACGAGGGGAUUUAUUUCCCUUGAUUGUGGUCUAUGUGAUUAUUAGUGCUGCCACUGGUGUCCAUCAAGAUUAUCACUUUCAUUUUGCAGAAUAUGUGGUUCGUUAUGGACAUGCAUCCAAUCAGACAGUCAUUGCUGUCACUUAUGACUAUAGAGGAAUGGGUGAAUCAAGAGAUGUUGAUAAACCAACUAUCAAAUGCUCCUUUUACGACUGGGGAAAGGACUUUUGGGGCGUGAUGGACUUUUGUGUCAAGUACCAUCAGGAAACUUUUUCACAACAAGGUGUUGAGAUGGAAAUUGUUGCAGCUGGUAACAGCAUUGGUGCAUACUUGAUGAUGACCAUUCCAAGUGAUCUAGCUCCGUAUUUCAAACGAGCAUUCAAUGGCUACUUUGGCUACUUUGAACCAUUCAAAAGCAAGAAGUACAUGAUACAUUAUUUGAGAACAAAAUUAUUUUUCGCAAGUGUUCCAUUAUUGACUACCAUGUAUGGAUUUUUUCCAUCUGGAACUGUGUUUCAUUCCAUGGAGGAUAUUCCAACUGGUGUUGCCUAUACAUGGAGACAGUUUCAAUAUAACCCUCAUUACAUGACAGAACCUGGAAAUCCCAACAAGCCAAUCUUACCUAGCAAUAUGGAGCACGUGACCUUUUUGAAUUGGGCAUUCGAAGAUGAUGUUUUUACCAAUAAGAAUUCUGUGGCCAAAUAUAAUGAGAAAUUCUUUGGUAGAUGCAAGGAAUAUUUCUUUGAGGUCAUUAAGAGACCUGUCAUGAAAACUUCUACACCAGCAUCAAAUCCACAACAACCUCCAAAGAGGCUUCCCAUUGGUCAUGUUGGAUUCUUCAAGAAAUAUGUUCGUGAUCGAAGUGAUCUUUGGAAAGAUGCUUGUGAGUUUAUCAUCUUUGGUAAGAUCACUAGAACUGGUAGCACCGAGAUUUUAUACUCACAUUCUUCAAAAGAUGUUCCAAAUCCUCGUCCACAACAACGAAUUUCCAAAUUGUAA